AGGCCGUUUUAAAGCCUAAUAUAUUGGGUUCUUUUUUGUUUAAAAAUAUUGUAAUUACUGGAAGAUUGCGUGGAAUAACAAAAUAGACAUCCAAUCUCAGGUUUUAUUUACAAAAUAAUAACAACUUCAGAGGAGUUUAGAGGAAGAACUGUGCGUUUUGACCGCAUGCAGCCGUGUGGGGGCGGGCCACUACGCGCGCACUGCGAGACGUGCGGGAGCGCCAGCGCGUCGGCCAACUGCCUGCCUCGUUCUGCUCACUGAUAUCUAAAAGAAGAGCCGAUCUCCCCCUCCAACGCCAGCUGGAUUUAAAGGUUUCAACAGAAGUCAAGCGGAUCGUCCGAGCACCACCAUGGCAGCUUUGUCCGGCGGAGAGACGUGCGUCAAAUAUUUGAUGUUCGCCUUCAAUCUUGUCUUUUGGCUUGCAGGCACUACUGUUUUAGCCAUUGGCCUGUGGCUGAGGUUAGACCCACAGAACAAAGUCCUUCUGGAGGAAGAGAAUUCUCCAUAUGCUUUCUACGCAGGGGUCUACGUACUGAUUGGUGCUGGAGCUCUUAUAAUGGUGGUUGGCUUUCUUGGUUGUUGUGGAGCAAUCAGGGAGUCACCCUGCAUGCUAGGAGUGUUCUUCUUCUUCCUUCUCAUCCUCUUUGCCAUUGAAGUAGCCGCUGGAAUUUGGGGAUUUUCAAACCAAACCAAGGUAGUGGAAGACAUAUCAAGCUUCUACAUGCAAACGUACAAAGACUACACGUCUACAGGGGAUGAGCGAGUCAAAGAAACACUGCGACUGAUUCAAGCACAGCUAAAAUGUUGCGGCCCAGGAAAAGAUACGGACGAAUCUUUUAAAGAAACUUGCCCUCGUGGAGAACCGCUUGAAGAACUGCUCAUUAAGAGUUGUCCAGAUGCUAUUGAGGAGGUGUUUGACUCUAAAUUGCACAUCAUCGCAGUAGUAGGCAUCACCAUGGGAGUUGUUAUGGUGUUUGGGAUGAUCUUCAGUAUGCUCCUGUGCUGUGCCAUCAGAAAGUCUCAGGAGGUGGUGUGAACCUACCUGAGGUCCCUGUUGUUGCAUGAUGUCAUUCCCAAAGACACGCGACUCUCCACUGCCAAAAAGAAUCACUGCUUGUUUGAAGGGGGUAACCCUAUUAAUAUAAUGCAUCAGUUAUAACUGUGCUUCUGAUAUAAUUGUGAUGUGUUUCUGCGCUCAACUUUAGCGAGGGUGUUAUCUGUGCUUCAAUGGCAGAGGAAAACACAAAUGCGUAAUUUUGCGGUCAUCUGAGUGAUAUCCCUGUCUAUUUUUUAAACUCGAAACAGUAGGCUUGCAGUUGGAGACAAGUCCCAAGACAGAAACAGAAAACCAAACGGGACACACUGCACAUUUACCAAUGAUUUGUCUGAAAUCAUUUACGACAAAAACCCUCUCAAUGAUCUUGGUGUUAGAGUAGGAUUUUGAUUACAACAAAGUGACGACUUCUCCUUUAACCUGAUCUCAUUUUAAUGGCCUUUAUUCUUCUUUCCCCAUAUUUUUUAAACGUUCAUGUUGUUUUUGUACUAUUUGGCAAUUAUAUCGGUACUUGUAGUUUGAUCGUGUUUUGUAUUGUCCUUUUUAUUUGACAGUGAGUUGAUUUAUACUAUGUACACAAUGUUUCACAAAAUGAAAGUACCAAAUAAACUACGAAUAAAUAAAAGUUGAGUACACAAACUUC